ACGCGCAUCGUGGACGCGCACUUGUUCCUCAAUGUCCCAGCUUCUCUGACGCGCAGGGCUUACUAAAAAGUUUCCGUUUGUUCCGGGACGAGGUUUAUUUGGCAAGGCUGGAAGUCAGUGAGUUCGCACGGAGAAGGGAACGCGAGAGGAAAUUCCUGCGCCAUUGAAGCAGGGUUUUUGACACUUGAGGAUGGUGCAGAACAUGGAGAUCAACGUGUCAUCCCUGACAGACUCGGAGCAAGAUUUCAUACUAGAAGUCUUACAGCGGGAUGAGAAACUGAGGCGCUUGGAGGAGCAGCGCGUGAAGAGGCUGAAAGCUGAGUUGCUGGAAGUCCGAAGAAAGGGGGCCAAACGUGGCAGUGGAAAAUACAGUGAACGCAGCUGCGGUCGCUGCCAGGAACCUAUGGGCCUUCUGAUCCGCGGCGGUAGCCAGUGCAGGGCAUGCAAACAUCACGUUUGUCGAAAAUGUCAAUCUGUUCGAUCCAACGGGUCUUGGGUGUGCACAGUGUGUGCCAAAGAGAUAGAUCUGAAGAUGAGCACUGGAGACUGGUUUUAUGACGAGAGGGUUAACCGCUUCUCUACAGCUCCUGGACACAAUUUAGUCCGAGUUUCCCUCAGGAAGAAGUCUCCGUUUAAAAGGCGUGAGACAGCUGGGGAAUUGCUGUUAAACAAAACUGCCUUGAAUUCCCACCAGGCUGUGCCUAUGCCCAAACCUAGACUGAAGGACAUCACACAAACAAACAAGAGCUCUCCUCCUGAGGUUAAUGAGGGACUUGAUGUAAGAGAGCAACAGCGUAGUGACACAGAAUCGGCAGAGAAAUCCAGUCUGAGCAGCAGCCACACUGAAUCAUCCCGCAGUACCCCACUUAUGCAGAGAAAAGAGGUGACAGCUCAGAUCAGCCCAGCAGGCUCCACUGUGUCCAGACUGACAGUACCCACUAACACUAACAGCAUUUCAAGCUCCACCUCAGUCACUGAAGCAGCCUCUUUAAUUCAUCACAUGAAUGUCUGCUCUGACUCAUUGCGUGAUGUCGAUGGGAUUUUCAAGAAAAGCAUCAGAAAAGUGCACAAACUAUCAGAUAUUAAACCAGCCUCCACACUUGAUUUGCGUAAAGAUGGAACGGAGAGUACUGUAUCCUCUUUGAGAGACAGAUGCAAGUCAGUGCCUGGCCUUAAUGCUGAUGAUGAUGAGGAGGAUGAAGAUAUUGAUAACUUGGUGAAUAUACACAGACAAAAAUUUGGUGAUAGCUGGGGAAAUCUGCAAGGCUCAAGGAGCACUCUGGGCAGUACAAUGAGUGUAUACAGUGAAGCAGGGGACUAUGACAGUGUGGAAGUGAGUGGAGAAAUCAUCUUCUCUCUCUGCUACGAUGAUCACAGUCAGAGCCUGACUAUCUUGGUCCAUGAGUGUCGAGGGCUGGCUUAUGUUGAUGCAGCAAAAAAGAAGUGCAACCCAUAUGUCAAGGCUUACCUUCUCCCAGACAAAAGCAAGAAGAAAACAUCCAUCAAACUUAAAACCAUCAACCCCAGUUUUAAGGAAACCCUGAAGUAUUCUAUCAAUCGCACCCAACUGCCAACACGCACACUACAACUCUCAGUUUGGCACUAUGAUCGUUUUGGUCGAAAUGUUUUUCUGGGUGAAGUGGAGGUGCCAAUGGAUGACCAUGACAUUGACUCUGCCCAUGAGGAGUGUAUGGCUCUUAGAAGAAAGGCAGCUACCCCAUCAGCAUUAUCUCCGUUUAAUCAAUACAAAGGAGAGCUGGUGGUUUUACUUAAAUAUGUAACAGCAAAUAAUUUGGAGAAUGCUAAAGGAAAAGGGAAAAAGGCCAGACCUGAGGAUGGUGCUGAGCUGCAUGUGUUGAUCAAAGAGGCCAAAAAUCUGACUGCCAUGAAAGCUGGAGGUGUAUCCGAUUCCUUUGUGAAAGGGUAUCUGCUGCCAUCGAAGAACAAGGCUUCCUUUAAGAGGAAGACUCAGGUAGUGAAGAAGACCCUGAACCCACACUACGACCACACAUUUAUCUACAAAGAAUUGAGUCUGGAGCAGCUGAAGGACAUGUGUCUGGAGCUCACUGUCUGGGACAGAGAGACCCUGUCCAGCAACGACUUCCUGGGAGGAGUCCGCCUUGGCUUGGGAGCAGUGACUUUGAAGGAGGAAAAGGAAGAGUGGGUGGCAGACUCCACGGGGGAGGAGAUCUCACUGUGGCAGAAGAUGAUGCAGUAUCCAGACUCUUGGGCAGAGGGCACUCUUCUACUCCGCUCGUCCAUGCGAAGGGGCAAGUAAGGACAUGGCCAAAUUCCUUAUCGGAACAGGGGGUAACACAGUUCAAACAAACAGAAUGUGUUGUGUUGUUUUGUUUUGUUACAGCUGUGCAAUGUGAGAACAUUAAUGCAUCACACUAAUCUUUUAAAGAAAGGAUUUGUAAGGUUUUAAGACAUUUAAUGAUGUGGAAAUAUGCAGUAUGUAUUUUUUUUUUUAUUAUUUUCUUUAAUGUUUCAGCUGUCUUCAAAUACAACAUUGUUUGAAAUGCUGUUCUUAAAAAAUGAAAAUCUGUACACAGUAAAUAUUUUAGUUUAAACUCAUAACACUUUGUUUUUAAAUGUGUACUUGAUAUGACUUUCUGGUUGUUUUUUGUUGUUGUGUUCUUACCACCAUUUAGCAAAGUUUUACAUGUUGCUUUACAUAGUUAUUUUCAUUUUCAUGUCAUCCUGCUGUAGUUAGUCCACCUUUGUGAGCACCUUUUUAGGAACUACAUGAUCAGCAUUUAAUAAAUAUUAAAUAUUUUCAACAAUC